UCUCUGAAUCCUCCGCCACUCAACUCAUCAGGGAACAGGAGACGAACAACCUGAGUCGCUCCAACAGAAGAAAUUCGACCCACAAAGAGAAAUUUAAAGACUAAAAAGGACCUUUUUUUAAAUUUCAUCUCAGACAGCAAGUCAUCCGUUGACAAUGGUGUCUACUGGGUUCCAAAUCCUGGGCACAGCCCUGGGGAUCUUAGGCUGGAUCGGCGCCAUCCUUGUUUGUGCCCUUCCCAUGUGGAGGGUCACCGCUUUCAUCGGCAGCAACAUCGUGACGGCACAGACCAUCUGGGAGGGCAUCUGGAUGAGCUGUGUGAUCCAGAGCACGGGCCAGAUGCAGUGUAAGGUCUACGACUCCAUGCUGGCCCUCACCGCYGACCUGCAGGCCGCCCGGGCCCUCAUCAUCAUCUCCAUCGUGGUGGGCAUCCUGGCCAUCCUGCUCUCCGUGGCCGGGGGCAACUGCACCAACUGUUUACAGGACAAAACGUCGAAGACGAAGGUGGGCAUCGCGUCUGGGGUCAUGUUCAUCAUAUCCGGGCUCCUCUGCCUGAUACCAGUCUGCUGGACGGCUCAGACCGUCAUCCAGGACUUUUACAACCCUAUGCUGACCAGCGCUCAGAAGAGAGAGCUGGGCGCUUCGCUUUACAUCGGGUGGGGCGCCGCCGCUUUGAUGCUGAUCGGAGGGGGAAUGCUCUGCGCCAACUGCCCACCGAAAGACGAAAAUAGAUACGCCGCCAAGUACACAGCUGCCAGAUCCAACAUCUCAGCACCAGCAUCGUCCAAAGGCUACGUCUGAGACAACUCUGGCACGUUAACCGGGACAAACGAACUGGUGCUACUGGUGGAAACUCAWCACUGAUUCUAGUGUUUGAGGCGAGACACGAUCUAUGCAUCAAAAAGAAAUUUCAUUGUCAAAGUUGGUUUCUUUGUGGUUUUAGAAUGUACGGAUAUUAGUAAACUUUCCUCACUCACUUUUAAACUUUUAAAAUGCAUAWAUGUAAACUCUUUUUCAGUCAGUUGGAUUUCUUUUUAAUGAACCAUGUUUGUGAGUUGCAUUGUGUCACAUUUUGUAAAUAAACAUGAUUUUGUAAAAAAAAAACUGAA